CUACUGCUAGUGCCUGUCUACUCUGCUCCGGAGCUGGCCCCUUUGUCGGACACCAACGCCCUCCUACUCCUCAAGGACUCCUUCACGAACGCCACCGCGUUGUCGUCAUGGACGCCCACCAACUCCAACCCCUGCAAUCCGAGUUCCCCCUGGCGAGGCGUCCUCUGCCUCCACGACAUCGUCACCGCCCUCCACCUCUCCGAAAUGGGCCUCUCUGGGAGCAUCAACGUCGACGCGCUCUCCCGCUUCACGGGGCUUCGAAUAGUAAACUUCGCCAACAACUCCUUCUCCGGCCCCAUUCCUCCACUCGGCCGCCUUCAUGCGCUCAAGGCCAUCUACCUGUCCCGGAACCACUUCUCCGACGCCAUCCCCACCGACUUCUUCGACGGCAUGACUCGUCUCAAGAAGCUGUGGCUCAACGACAACGCCUUCACCGGCCUCAUCCCCUACUCCCUGUCGAAGGCCACCGCCCUCUUGGAGCUGCGCCUGGAGGACAACCAUUUCUCCGGUUCCAUACCCGCUCUGAUCUUGCCGUCCCUCUCCUCCCUCAACCUGUCGAAUAAUCACCUCGAGGGGGCGAUCCCCGACGUCUAUUCCAGUUUCAACGCCAGCUCGUUCCUGGGCAACAAAGAUUUGUGCGGCGAGCAGCUUGACAGCCAGUCAUGCAAAACAAUGACACAUAUGGGAAACGACAAGGUGUUGGUUCUGUGCUUCGUCACCGUCGUCCUCGUGUGCUUGGCUAUGUAUAUAUUCACAAAACGAGAGAGGAGUGGAGAAAGUGCGCUUGACACGGUACAGAGUCAAAGAAAGUUGGAGACGGGGGCGACGUCCCCCGGUUCGCCCCACGAGGAAUACCAGAGAGCGUUUAGCAGCCGGCCCAAGGGUGGAUCCAUCAACGGGUACGGAAGAAUGGAGUCGUCGAGGAAACCGGUCGGGAAUGGAAGGGAGGGUGGCAGCGGCGGCGGGGGCGACGGCGGAGACGGAGGAGGCGGAGGAGGGGGAGGGGGAGGGGCCGCGGAUCUGGUGAUGGUGAACGAUAGGAAAGGCGCGUUCGGGUUGCCGGACCUGAUGAAGGCCGCGGCCGAGGUGAUGGGGAGCGGCGGGCUGGGCUCCGCGUACAAGGCGGUGAUGGCCAACGGGGUGGCCGUGGUGGUGAAGCGGAUACGCGACAUGAACCGGGUGGGGAAGGAGGCGUUCGACGCCGAGAUGCGCCGGCUCGGGUGCUUCGUCCACCCCAACCUGCUUCCCCCGCUAGCCUACCAUUACCGGAAGGAUGAGAAGCUGCUGGUGUACGAAUACAUCCCUAAAGGCAGCUUAAUGUACGUCCUCCACGGUGAUCGCGGGCUCGAUUACUCGUCUUUGGACUGGCCGACGCGACUAAAGAUCGCACGAGGAGUAGCCCGCGGCCUCGCCUACCUCCACGCCGAGCAGCCCCCCGUCGAGGCGCCCCACGGCAACCUCAAGUCCAGCAACGUGCUCCUUGCGCCCGACUUCGAACCCCUCCUCGUCGACUACGGCUUCCUCCCCUUGGUCAACCCCGCGCAGGCACCCACCACCAUGCAGGCCCACCGGUCCCCCGAAGCCCUGGCCGACCGCCCCGUGGAUCCCCGUUCCGACGUCUACUGCCUCGGCGUCAUCCUCCUCGAGCUCCUCACCGGCAAGUUCCCGUCGCAGUACCUCGACAGCGCCGAGGGCGGCACCGACGUCGUCCACUGGGCGACGUACGCGAUCGGCGAGGGACGGGAGGCCGAGAUCCUGGGCCCCGCCCUCGUGGCCGGCGCCCAGUCGUCGAUGCCUGACAUGAAGCGGCUGCUCCGGGUCGCGGUGGAUUGUACCGAUCCGGAGCCCGACCGGCGGAUCGAGCUGCGGGAGGCCGUCGAGAGGAUCGAGGAGGUCGCCGCCGAGGUUGAGACGGCCGCGCCGGGGGAGCGGUCGGGACGUCGGGUCGGGAGCAUCGGCGAGGCGUCGGAGCGGCGGAGCGACAAUAGCUUCUCGUCCGCCAUGUCGUGACCGUGGGAUGUCAAUCGUACGACUGAGAUAGCCCGCCACAGUAGCUCGCGCCUUGUUUGGCGUUCGAACGCUUCGUAUUAGUGUAUAAAUUCGUUUUGGAAGCU